AUGAAAAUUUUCUCUGUAACUCUACUGCUCGGUGUGGCGGCUUAUUUUAUGAAUACGUUGUAUACUACAUGGUUGCCAAGAAAUUACAUCUUUGAUCCCAUUGAAGUCAAUCAAUUGUGUAAUGAUGUUCUUUCAAAACACAAUUCGACCUCUGAAAAUUUCUCCACCGAAGCAUUGUUGAGAGAUGUCAGAGACGCUUUGGCUACCCGCUACGGUGAUGAAUAUAUCAACCACUAUUUGGACGAGGAAUGGAUCUUCAACAAUGCAGGUGGAGCCAUGGGGCAGAUGAUUAUCUUGCAUGCCUCCAUCUCGGAAUAUUUGAUUCUUUUCGGCACUGCUGUGGGCACUGAAGGCCACACUGGUGUUCAUUUUGCAGAUGAUUAUUUCACCAUCCUACACGGUCAACAGAAUGCUGCUCUACCGUGGGCAUUGGAGAAGGAGGUUUAUUUGCCAGGUAUGACCCAUCAUUUGCAAAAAGGUCAUGUCAAACAGUACAGUAUGCCAGGUGGUUCUUUCUCUUUAGAGCUAGCACAGGGCUGGAUUCCAUGCAUGUUACCAUUCGGAUUCCUAGACACUUUCUCUAGUACUUUGGAUUUCUACACACUUGGUAAGACUGUCUACCUGACUGCCAGAGACAUGGGUAAGAACUUAAUCAAGAACGGUAAGUUUUAG